GUGUCUGGACUAGCGUUACUAUUCAUUGGAUUAUGGAUAUUAUUAGAUCCAAAGCAGAAUUACAUUCUGUAUUUAUUGAAUUCUGUUGACGAGCAUCCAUUGUUGGUGAGUUUUUAUACAAGUUUCCUGUCCAAAGCAACCAAACUCAACAAUGCACCCCAAUCCCCUCAAUACAUACCUCACCGCUCGUCAGCUGUCCAAAGCGAGAGCGUGCAGUCGCGGCAGUGUGAUAAGUUGUUUGUGUGA